UGGAACACAAUCAGAUAGAGGAUUCACCAGUAAUUUGCAGCGGAGGUGUAGUCCAUCAACACGCAGGAGACGUGGUCCCGUGGCUAGCCGCAACACUGGUGGUCCAUGCAGGCAAGAGUGGCAUUUGCAGCGGAGGCGUAGUCCAUCAACACGCAGGAGACGUGGUCCCGUGGCUAGCUGCACUGUCGUGUCUCUUACAUGCAGAUACAAAUAUACUUACCUUAAAUUGA